CCCUCAACACUGGGGCAGCUCUCCAGUAUGUCAGGGACAAUGUCUUUAUUGCCUCCUCCGGAAGUAGGCGCCUUGAAGGUGUUCCACAGAUUCUGAUACUGCUGAAUGGUGGAAGGUCCUUUGACAAUGUAGAUACACCAGCGUCUGCUCUCAAGGAGCUUGGUGUCUUGGUGUUUGGAAUUGGAACAAGGAGCUCUGAUAGCAGAGAAUUACAAAAAAUAUCCUAUGACCCCAGUUAUGCUCUUUCCGUGUCUGAAUUUACUGACCUCCCCAACAUCCAACAGCAGCUUCUUUCUGCUAUGGGCACUGUCAUUGUACAGGUCACAACCAUGACACCAACAGUAAAACCAACAAUUCUAGUUGAGAGUCAGGCUCCCAGGAGGGAUGUCGUGUUCUUGCUGGAUGGAUCUGAUGGCACUAGGAGUGGAUUCCCAGCAAUGCGGGACUUUGUUCAAAGAGUAGUGGAGACACUCGGUGUGGAUGAGAACAAAGAUCGCGUGGCUGUGGUCCAGUACAGUAGAGAUCCAGCCGCCCAAUUCUAUCUGAACACAUACACAACAAAAGGAGAGAUUCUCAACACUGUAAGAGGUCUGAGACACAAAGGUGGGAGACCUCUCAACACUGGAGCAGCUCUCCAGUAUGUGAGAGACAAUGUCUUGACUGCCUCCUCCGGAAGUCGACGCACUGAAGGUGUUCCACAGUUACUGAUUCUGCUGAGUGGUGGAAGGUCCUUUGACAAUGUUGACACUCCAGCUUCUGCUCUGAAGGAGCUUGGGGUCUUGAUCUUUGGAAUUGGAACAAGGAGCUCUGAUAGCAGAGAAUUGCAGAGGAUAUCACAUGAUCCCAGUUACGCUCUGUCUGUCUCUGACUUCACUGACCUUCCAAACAUCCAGCAGCAACUUCUGUCCUCGGUGGAGUCAGUUGUUAUUGACGUUACGCCAGAAUCGUCAACAGAUUUAGGUAUGUGUCAUCACUGUUAAUUGAGAGUCAGGAAG